CUUGUGCAGCGAGCACGCAAGGGAAAGGAGAGGAGUGCAGCAGCACAGCUAGAAACAUUAUCUUAUGAGACUAUUAAACAUCGAUCUGUCACUUUUAACCGCUCCAAAGGCUACCAGAAGAGGAGCACGGAGAGCAACAGCAACACUAAGCUGGUCCGGUGUCCUACAGCCGCCUGCGAAAAACUCCCAAACGUGCUCGUCUCAGCUGGCAUGAGCUAACCUACACGUCCAAUAUGGAAACCAAACCAUUCUUGUCAUUGGGGUUCCUGAAGCCCCAGUGCUCAUUGGCUCCUCCAAUGCAGCGAGGCCGAUCAAGUGAGGCUUGUUCCUGUUUCAGUGGCAUGUGUCCCCUCCAUCAGCGUCGCCUAUCCUCAGACACGUCAGGUCAGGUGAGCUCUUCACCGCUGGGCUCACCUACCUCCCACCGAGGAAUGCACCCAUCCCUGCUCAGUCCAACAACCAUGGGGCCCUCCGGAUCGCUUCACUCUCCCAUCAGCACACUGAGCUCGCCCAUGAACGGCCUGACCUCGCCCUUCUCUGUCAUCAGCUCGCCCAUGGGGCCCCACUCCAUGACCUCACCCGGCAUGGGCUACGGCCCCAGUGUCAGCCCCCAGCUGAACUCUCCAAUGAACUCGGUCAGCAGCACAGAGGACAUUAAGCCCCCGCUGGGUCUCAACGGUGUGAUGAAAGUGCCCGCCCAGCCCUCUGGCACAGCGCUGUCGCUCACCAAACACAUUUGCGCCAUCUGUGGUGACCGUUCCUCAGGUAAACACUAUGGCGUAUACAGCUGCGAGGGCUGCAAAGGCUUCUUCAAAAGGACAGUGCGCAAAGAUCUUACCUACACAUGUCGCGACAACAAGGACUGCGUCAUUGACAAGCGUCAGAGGAACCGGUGCCAGUACUGCCGCUACCAAAAGUGUUUAGCCAUGGGCAUGAAGAGAGAAGUUUUAUUACAUGCAGCCGUUCAGGAGGAGCGCCAACGAGCCAAGGACAAGAAUGAGAAUGAGGUGGAGUCGACCAGCUGCGCCAAUGAGGACAUGCCCGUUGAGAAGAUUCUGGAAGCUGAGCAGGCAGUGGAACCCAAGACAGAGACCUACAUCGAGACCAGCCUUGGUGUUCCUUCCAACUCGCCCAAUGACCCAGUGACAAAUAUCUGUCAGGCUGCGGACAAGCAGCUCUUUACAUUGGUUGAGUGGGCCAAGAGGAUUCCCCACUUCUCUGAACUGCCACUGGAUGAUCAGGUCAUCCUUCUACGAGCAGGUUGGAAUGAACUCCUUAUUGCGUCAUUUUCGCACCGCUCAAUAGCAGUAAAAGACGGGAUUCUGUUGGCGACCGGGCUGCACGUCCACCGCAACAGCGCUCAUAGUGCCGGAGUGGGAGCCAUCUUUGACAGAGUGCUCACAGAACUGGUGUCGAAGAUGCGGGAUAUGCAGAUGGAUAAGACAGAACUGGGGUGCCUUCGAGCUAUAGUCCUUUUCAAUCCAGACUCCAAGGGUCUGUCAAACCCAAGUGAGGUAGAAGCUCUGAGAGAGAAAGUCUAUGCGUCUUUAGAGGCCUACUGCAAACAGAAGUACCCUGAGCAGCCUGGCAGGUUUGCCAAGCUGCUGCUGAGGUUACCGGCGCUGCGCUCCAUUGGCCUCAAGUGUCUGGAGCACUUGUUCUUCUUCAAGCUCAUAGGCGACACGCCCAUCGACACUUUCCUCAUGGAGAUGUUAGAAGCUCCCCAUCAAAUGACAUAAUACAGAUCUCCGUUAUUAUUCAAACCCUUGGUCAGAAGCAGCAGGGUCCUUUUUUAAAAAAAAAAACGUCCAGAGACAAAUCAUGGGAUGACUUUCCCUCGCUUCAUCGUCGCUCUCCCCCUGAAACAAGCUCAUCAAGGGUGUGUUUUUAUACCUUGUAAAGUUCUAUAAAUAAGAAAUCUAUAUAUAUAUAUGAAUGAGAUGCGGUAGAGAGGAGACAAACGCAAUGUACUGAGCCAUCGUCGGCAUUUCCCCAACACCUUGACAAGACGAUUCAGCAUCCUAACACAGUGGGGGCGUGAUGAUGGGACACCACGCCCUGUGAGCGGGACAAUCUCUGUGUAGACCUCUUGCUGUCAUCAGGACUCAUUCAAAACAACGUCUGCUUGAGGAACUCAACUGGACGCAACAUGUCUUGCACUAGUUGUUUUUGUUUUCUUUUUCUUUUUUUUUUAAUGGUGUCAGCUUUCUGGGAUCUAGACCGGACUUCACAGGUGUGCUACCGAGACUGCAAGUGAUCAAGAACCUCAGGUGUCUGGCCCUGGUCCAAACCAAUCCAACCAUGUCUUACUGUAUCAACACUGUGCAACAACAUUGGCGAGGGUGAGUCCACAAAUUCGCCUCAUCAGGAAUAUGUUGAGAUGUGGGUACGGUUAGGGGGGGCGUGGGACAAGCGGGUGGGGUGUUUUUGUAAGUACAAUCUGCACAGUGGUUUGUGCACACAGGAAGAAGCCAGGCUGUUGUCAGUGACGCUACAUGCCACCGACAACUGGCAUUCGAACAUUCUGCCUUUUAUUUGUUUUGGGUUUUUUUCUUUUUUGGAAUGCGACAUUCGAGCUAAUGAUGUCACCUCGCGUCAUUUCACCAGCCGCCCCCCCUCCUCCUUUCCAACCUCCGCUCAACACUGCAGGUGUGAGCCUCACGACGUCACCUCAUAUCUGUCUUGGCAGGAAGUUACAACCAUAAACAGUAUUUUAUUUUCUCCAUUUCAGAGCAGCACCGCACGAUUACCUCAACUUGUCACCCCUUUUUCACCGUGAACAGUAUCGAGAGAAGCGCUUGUCAUUGCAGCAUUGAGUGUUUGUUUAUUUGUUACUUUGCACUUAACCUCAUGACAGAGCGCAAUCAACCUCCGAGGUGGGAAUUUGGCCCCCAGCCCAAUCAGGAAAGCCUCCCAGUGGGACAAACAAUCAGUCUCUCUGCACCGUUUAUCCAAAAUCUGAAAUAUGCCCAUGUUUCCUCCAAAUAUGCUCUUAUUCUACAUUUUUACUGCACACCAGUUUGGUUCUCUCAUAUUUUCAUGACAGCCACUUCUCAGCUCUCUGAUUCAUUGUUGACUUUACCGUAUUUUCCAGUCUAUAAGUUGCAUCAAAAACAAAUGGGAAAAACAACAUAGUAGUUGCACUGGACUAUAAGUGGCAUUUAUUCAGAAGUAUAUUUCACAAUAUUCAAAACCAUUAAAAUACAUUUCAUCUGGAAAGGCAAGGUAUUCAACACACAGACCAACAAGGCUGAGAAAGUGUCCAGUAUGUUAACGUAAAACAGUCAUUCAUCUGCAUAAAUCUGCAUAUGACUAGUAAGCAAGUUCACCGAGCUCCCGAUCUAAUUGCACAUCAUUGAAUCCAUUGACUCUGUGACCCUAAUAAGGAUAAGCGUCAUAGAAAACAUAUGGAUGGGAUGAAACAUUGAAUUCUUUCCAAGCCCCCUACGCAGUUGUCGACGGUAAUGUUCAGUGGAAUGUUGUUUAGCGUGUUUUAAGGCUAAAGAUGAAAACAUGGGCAAAAUAAUGCCUCAGUUUGUAUAUAAAUAUGCAUUUCAAAUUGUUUUCACAUGGUUUUAAAAAGUAUGCUGUGUUAACAUUUUUGGCUUUCUGGAACAUAUUGAUUGGAUUUACACUAUGACAAUGGGUAUACGGGUAUAUCGGCAAACUCGGAAAAAAAGUGCCACUUAUAGCCCGGAAAAUGCAACACUUCGGAAUCAAUCAGCUUUUGUUUUUUUUUUUAAGCCCUCGUUUGUAUAUAAAUGAUGGAAGUUGACAUCUUAAUCAAUAACUAAAAAAAAAACACUAAACAAGAAUAGACUUUUAUAAAUUGUCUUUUUAUGGACAUGUUCGCCAUUCUUUCCUAAGCACUUUGAUGCAGUCAGGACCUGAGCACUGUGUUUUGUUCAUACAAAGGAGGUGUAACGUACAUGAACAUUUUCACUUCAUUCUAAAUUGGCUCAACUUGAUUGGAAAGUACACAAAGGAGAAAUAGGGCCACACUGAAAAGAUUAAAAAAGAACCAUAAUAUGAUAUAUAUGACAUUGUGGUUAUUAAAAGUUUGGUAAUUUUACAACUUUUUUUUCUCGUAACAGCUUUAUUAUUCCAAUGUUACAAUUUUUUACCAAUUUUUUUCUCAUAAGAUUGCAACUUCAUGGUGACAAUAUGACAUUGGUCUACUCACUUUUGCACAUAUUGUGAUUUAUUCCGUUAUAAAACUAUAAAACUUUUUACAAUUUCAUGCUUUCAACAUUAAAACUUUAGUCUUGUAAAGAUACGACAUCUUUUUUCUCACAAUAUUAUGGUUUAAUUUUCUUGUAUCGACUGAAUAUUUCCAACUUUAUUCUCGUAUUGAUGCAACUUUUUUCUUAUAAAAUGCAGAAUUUUCACGCAACUUUUUUGUCCAUCAUCUGACAACUAAAUUGUCGUAGUGCGAUUAAAUUCUUAUUCUUCAAUAUUACAACUUUUUUUCGUACCAUUAUGAGUUGUUCUAAGAACAGUAUUGCAGCGCCACAACAAUACCCAAUUUCGACUGUAUUCUCGCAGAUCUCUCCUGCUUUCCUCAUAAACUAUAGCUAAUACUAGGAUCCGUAUUGUUGGGGAUAUUUCUUAAAAUUACAAAAAUUUCAUUUGCAGCUGUAAACAUAUUUGUUUCCAUAUGAACAAUUUGGAAAAUUAGACAAUUACAUUGACGUAUGACUUUAUUUUAAUAACACGACUUUUCCUGUCAAUGUUAUGCCUUCAACAGUACAACUUUUUUUUUCUUUUCAGUCUUGCCCAAAUACUCCUUUGUUGUCUUUAUUCUGACGGCACCCUGAUAAAAUGACCAUGUGAGCAUGUAAGGUUGACACUUAAUUGAUCGUAAAAGGAAAUUCAUGACAUGUUUACAUAAUUAUCUUCUGAUUUGUGUCCCCUUUCACACAAGGCCUUGGUUGAGCACAUCUGGAGAUGUUCUCUCAGCCCUCCAUUGGAGCAAGAAUGAAGCAAACAGCUGUCAAGUGGUGUUAAACAAUAAUCUGCGAGCUCCCUCUAGUGGGAGGGAGUUAGCACUGCAACACCAUUCGCUUUAGGCUUCAUUUUUGACAGGAAGGCAGCACUUUCACACAGGGUUUGGGUCAAAUGUUUUUAUUUGAAUCACACACACGGGCUUUGUGCUUUGUAUUGCCAAAAAAAGAGGAAAAAAUAGCAAUAACUUUUGAUGACUUAUUGGCAUGUCUCAGCAGCCUGUGUUAUUAAUACUAAUACAAACUAUCCAGGUGACAGUAUUGACUGCCAGGUAUUAGCUCAGUUUACAGUAUUUAUAUUUUAAAAACUAAAAAAAAAAUUAAGCAAAUAGCAAGAAUCUUCUUUUUUAGUGUUACAGUUUUUAAUUCAAAAUUUUGGACUAAUUAGACACUUGUUUUGGGUUUGUUUUUUGUUUUGGUUUUUCAAAAAUACAACAAAAAAAUGCAAAUUAUCUUUGUUGACUGUGAUCACCGAUGCAGGUCUUCUAAGCCAUAAAAUGUGGACAAUGAGUGAAAAUAAAAACCCAACAUAGAAUGAUACCUUCAUGGAUGCUUCAGAAAGUAAAGCUUAUAUUUUGUUGAUAUGUAUAUUUGUAUAUAUUUAUAAAUAUAAAUAUAUGGGAAGAUGUGUUCCAAUAUUGAAAGAGGGAGGAGAGUCUGUCAGACCAAACUAUUCCACACCAGAGUCUGAUGGUGUUUUUACACACUCAUCAGUGGGCGCUUAUGCUUAUGCAUUGCAACCUUUGUCUAAAAUUAUUUUAAAAAUAAACCGCAGAACCCCGGUAGUUCUAAAUGUAAAAGAAGCUUUUCAGCAGUUUAUGGGACCUCAAAAAAAGAAAUAUGUGUGUGUGAGUGAGUGAAAGAAAGAAGACAAGAGACUUUAAACCCUCAAAAGUGUAUGUUUUACUUGGCAAUUGUUGAAAAAAAAUGUCAUCAGGAUAAAGCUGAGCUUGUGACACAAUCACUGCUUUUUUUUUGUUGCAUAGACGGUAAAAUAUUCAAGAAAAUGUCAAAGAAAAAUGUUGAAAAAAGAUCUAUUUUUGUACAAAGGUAAUUUUAUCCCUGGCUUAUGGACUCUUUUUUUUUCUCCCUGUUCUUGUGGGCUGUUGUGGAACGCUUGGAGAGCAAAAAGUGGACAAUGUCAAAGAGGAGGUGUUGCUAAAAGUGUCGCUUUUACUUUGUCGUGUUGAAGCCGUCGCUGCAAAGUGACAAACGUUCUCUGUCAUACUUUUGUGUCUACUUUUAAAGGAGAUGGAAUUUUUGUCAUCUGUUCCUUGUGCGUUGUCCUCUGAUGUUCUUUCGUGGACAGACAAAAAACGUAUUAAAAAAAAAAAAGAACAAAGUGAA